GGGGGGGACCGGCCGCGGGACAAGCGUCUGCGCACGACCAUCCUCCCGGAGCAGCUGGACGUCCUCUACCGCUGGUACGUGCAGGACUCCAACCCCACCCGCAAGAUGCUGGACUGCAUCUCCGAGGAGGUGGGGCUGAAGAAGCGGGUGGUGCAGGUGUGGUUCCAGAACACCCGCGCCAGGGAACGCAAAGGGCAGUUCCGCGGCACCGCCGGCCCCGGGCUGCCCCCCCUCAAGCCCUCCCCGGCCUCUUCCUUGGCCAAGUUGAGUCCCUCAGGCGGAACCUCCCACAUCUCUGGUGACAGAACGCCCAACAUUUCCUUCAGCGGGACGCCCAACAUCUCCCUCGGCGGGCCCUCCAACGUCUCUGAUGGGGUCUCCGGAGGGGAGAUGGUCAACAUCCCCGUGGGUGGGGUUGAGCUAGACAUGCUGGAGAUCCAGGAAGCCCAGAGCCCUUCCGGCGGUGAUCUGAGCGACUCCUCUUCCUCCCCUUCCUCCUCCAUGGCCGACCCGGAGUCGCCGGGGGGACACGGGCGGGUGUCGGAGGGCAUGGCCGGGGGGGGUUGUCCAGCCUGCAGCUGA